CCUCAUUCGUUUCAUAUUUUCACUCCUUCCUCCCUCUUCUAACUGUCGUAUCUGCCGUCGAAACGGUCUGCUGCGCCUCCGGCCGUCUCUGUCAUGGCCUCGUUCUCCCGCAUACAGCUUGCAGCGGCUCUGCUAGAAUAUGACAAUGAUCCAGAUAAUCCGCAUGCACCGCGCAAGUCUGCUUACGAUAGCGCUAUAUUUGCGCACUUGCGGAGAGCAAAUGGGAACAUCCAUUCGACGAAACAAGAACCCCAGCAGAGUCCCAAUUUAUUGGGCGUGAAGUUGCCUAGCGAAUCGGGACCGCCGAGCGAAGCGAAUAUGGAAAUGAGGAGAAGAUCUAAAUCGUCCAUCGAUAUGCUGCAUAAUCCUUUUGGGGGAGAUGAAGAGGAGGAGCGAGAGGAAGAGGAGGAGGAGGAGGAGGAGGAGGAGGAAGAGGUCGAGGUCGACCUUGCCUCCUGGGGCCUUGACUCAAUUAUGCCCGGAGAAAAGCCCAGUAAGAAAUCGAAGGGUGCGAAGGGAAAGGCGAAAUCGGAAAUACUGGGCAAAACGACUGGUACUGGUCCCAGGCCUGGUGUGGGACGUCCGAACCAUUCUCGCACAAUGAGCAUGCCGCUUGCGGAAUUCGGAGAGGGCGGCGCUUUCCUAGACUCGGGGCCUAGUGGACGUCGUAACACCAUCUCUGACCCAGCGAACUUUGAGGAGAUGGGUGUUCUAGAGAAACCUGGAGAGCGUCAGAGAUUCUCGUCUCACCCGCUGAUUGAGAAUCUGCCUGUCCGACCACCCCUCCAUUCUCUAUCCUCUUUUGAACAGAGGAGAGAUACAGUCCCAUUUCCAACUUCUUCUUCCUCCCCUGCUGCCGGUCAGAGCGAGGCGAAUAUUCUCGGUGAUUCUCGCUCUGCAUCUCGGUUGAAUCUGUUAUCAGAAGAGGAAUCAAAUCCUUUCACUAUCCCGCCUCCACCGCCAUCUCGGGCUUCGCGAUUCGAUCCCAAGUCCAUGGCUCAUGCGCGAACAAUGUCAAAUGCGACAAGACUCUCAGUGGGGCCGUCGCAGCAACUUGCUUACGACGAUGAUAAGGAGAACAACUACUCGCAUCGUGCUCCUUCGAGAGCUUCUAUCUUGGACGUCAAGUCAAGUCGCGAUAGGCGCAUAUCUACAGCUUCUUUCGGCACCCGCGAUAUACUCGAUGAUGAUUUCCAGUCUGCUUAUGGAGGAGAUGCCUUCGUGGAAGACUACCCUCCCCGCGACCGACGUUACUCUCGUCUAGAUAUAAUGCGUCCAAAAGUCUUGGUCAUGCCCAGCCCACUUCAGAUGCAAACCGUGGCUCCUGCACCUGCACCCAAAGUGACCCGUACCAAAGAUGGCUUCCUAGACUCAACGGAUGGACGGCCGAUGCCACCUGGAGCUCGUGCGUCUCGCAUGUCGAUGAUUGCACCACCUUCAUCGGGUGGUAGCGUCCCUGUAGCAGCAAACUCAUUCACUCCGAACCCGCGUCUCAGUUUAACCGCUUCUCAACUCUUAUUCCGGAACACCUUGAUGGUGGACGGUCAGAGGGACGUAUCAUAUAACGAUAUUGACGGUAAUCUAGAACGAGCCGUUGAGGAUGGCGAGCAAGUCAAAUUGGACUUCCCAGAAGAACCGGAGAGACCUGCAGUCAAUACUGCUACUGGACUAACGCCUGCUGAGGAGGCCAAGCUCCUGGCUAGGCCGCCCGGCAAGCUCUUCGGCCGAAGUCUCAUUGAUGAUCUCGAGGCUAGAAAGCAGGAGAUGCGAAGCAAGCAGAGGGUAUUUACUGGAGACCAACGUCCGUCUAUGAUGCAGAGGGGCAGCAUGAUUAGGUCGAGUACGUUUAUUGACCAAACCACCCUUCCGGCAAGACCCAACAUGCCUUCACGUAUGCCUACCGCACAGACCGAUACGUCACUAACUAGGCGAGGUUCUCGCGGUGGUAAACCUCUCUUGGAGAUUGAUGACGAUGGCAAGAUUGCGGAGACGACUGAACGUCGUGAAGCUCGGAUGGCCCAAACGAAAUCUGUCUUCGGUGUCGAUACACUCUGGGAGAGGGAGAUGGCUAAACUCAAGGAGAUUGAAGCUCAGGAGGAGAAGGACGCGGAGGAAGCGAGACGGCGGGAAGAGGAGGAGGAAAUGAGGAAAGCGAAGAAGAAAAAGAAGAAAGGUAGUAGGGCUCGAGAUUCACAUCUCGACGUCCAGGAGGAAGGGAGCGCCGAGUUCUCUCAAUCCCCUACCUCGCCAGGUGUUCCUUCCGUUUCUCCUCAGGCCACCGACGAACGUCCGCCAUCGCUGUCAUUACCUGCUAUCCCAGUAGUUACUUCGAGAAGGCGAGCAGUUCCCGAGCCCGUUGACGAAGAAUCGGAUAACGAGAGUAGCGCGAGCGAGGCAGGUAUGCCAACUCAAAACGCUGCCGUGCAAGAAGGACUUGUCGAUCAAUGGGUUUCCGACGAUGAAAAGAAGCCUGCUGAAGCGCCUAAAGUUAGCUUUGACAAACCUCGUAUCUCCCUUCCACCUGAUGAUGACAGCGACGAGGACCUUCCGCUUUCCGUGACGCUGCAGCGCGCGACACAGAAAUUAUCGUCUCCUAGGUCUCAUCCAGAUGAUGACUCUGACGAAGAUAGGCCGCUGUCAAUGAUGCUCCUUAACAAGCCCAACUCUUCCUCAUCCUUCAGGAUACCUUCCUCUGGUCCGAGCGAGCCUAACAAGUCGCUAGUGGACGAUAAGGACGAUGACGACGAUGAUGUCCCACUUGGGAUCAGGGCCUCUCGUCUACCACCCGGAGCUUCUCAAAUAUCCGGAAUUUCCAGUCUCUCGGCGGUUGGACGUGGGGACAAUGACGAUGACGAUCGUCCUCUCAGCAUGCAUCCCUCGCAACUCCGAAAGUCCCAGUUCCAAAUGCUCGCGCAGGUGCAACAACAACAGCAGCAGAUGUUCCAGGCACAAAUGACGAACUCGAUGAUGUUCCCGCACCCGCCGUCGAUGAUGUUCAUGAUGCCGCCUCAACAUACGCCAUUCAUUCAGCCGGCGUCAGUACAACAAGAUACUAACAAGUUUAGUUCUGUUGAUAGGUGGAGGCAUGACGUUGCCGUUGAAGGCCAGAACUAAAACCCUUCCGAACUCCUCGUUUUCGUCUUUCUUUUUUGUUUCUUGCUGCUCUGACGUAUCACACUAGCUUUCAUGCAACUCCUCUCCAUUCACGGACUACUAGUAGUCUCACGGACAUUUUUGGCUCUACUAAUCUAUCGUUUUUUCUUGGUCGCAAACCCCUGCGUUCCUAUCCUUACCCAUUACCAAUUACCCGUUCGAUUUCACCACGUAUU